AUGCAGCUAUCUGAAGCAGUCAUGCACCCCAGACAAGUCUUCCUGUCUCUGCUGAUAUUUGGAGUGGCAGGACUACUCCUCUUCAUGUAUCUGCAAGUCUGGAUUGAAGAACAACAUGCAGGGAGAGUAGAGAAGAAAAGAGAACAAAAGACUAUUUCAGUCACAAAUUCCUGGUUAACAAAAAAAUUAGAAAAUCAGAAAAUCAACUUACAGAUGCCUGAGCAUCUGAAGGAAAACAAGGGAAAUCUACUCAAUUCUGAAAGGCUUACCAGAGGCCCAACACAGAGCCGCCACUCACACCGAGGGGAUCAUGUUUUGAAGAUCAUGCAAACACCAACAUAUAGGGCUCCUGGAAAGCAUCAAGGAACUAAGACUCUUUUAAAGAAGUUCAGUGAAAUGAAUUGGCCCCUGGAUAUCCGCCCUUUAAAUAAAAGUUUAGUCCAAGACAACAAAUGGAAGAAAGCUGAUGUGACCCAAGAAAAACGCAGAUGCUUCCUACAGGAAUUUUGCAAAAAACAUGGUGGGGUGAGUCAUCCUCAGUCACAUGUCUUUCAUGUGGUAUCCAGGAUCUACGUAGAAGACAAGCACAAGAUCUUAUACUGUGAAGUACCAAAGGCUGGCUGCUCCAACUGGAAAAGAGUUCUAAUGGUCCUAAAUGGAUUGGCCUCCUCUGCAUAUAACAUCUCCCAUGAUGCCGUUCACUAUGGAAAGCACUUGAAAAAGCUAGAUAGCUUUGACUUAAAUGGGAUAUACACACGCCUAAAUACCUACACCAAAGCUGUGUUUGUUCGUGAUCCCAUGGAAAGAUUAGUGUCAGCUUUUAGGGACAAGUUUGAACACCCCAAUAGUUAUUACCACCCGGUGUUUGGAAAGGCAAUUAUAAAGAAAUACCGACCAAACGUUUGUGAAGAGUCAUUAAUUAAUGGUUCUGGAGUCAAGUUCAAAGAAUUUGUCCACUAUUUGCUGGACUCCCACCGUCCAGUGGGAAUGGACAUUCACUGGGAAAAGGUUAGCAAACUCUGUUUUCCAUGUGUGAUCAAGUACGACUUUGUAGGAAAAUUUGAAACUUUGGAAGAAGAUGCCAAUUAUUUCUUAAGGUUGAUUGGUGCUCCAGAAGAACUGAAAUUUCCAAACUUUAAAGACAGGCACUCUUCUGAUGAAAGAACAAAUGCUCACGUUGUGAGGCAGUAUUUAAAGGAUUUAACUAGAACUGAGAGACAGUUGAUCCAUGAUUUUUAUUACUUGGACUACUUGAUGUUUAAUUACACAACUCCAUUUUUGUAG